AUGUACAGAGACAACAAGACCAGAGUCACAGAAUUCCUUCUCCUGGGACUCUCUGGGCAGUCUGAGCAGGAAGAGCUCCUCUUUGGGCUCUUCUUGUGGAUGUACCUGGUCAUCAUCAUGGGGAACUUUCUCAUCAUCUUGGCCAUCAGCUAUGACAGUCAUCUCCAUACACCCAUGUACUUCUUCUUGGCCAACCUCUCCUGGGUUGACAUCUGCUUUUCUUCAGUCACAAUCCCCAAGAUGCUGCUGAAUCACAUAUUGGGAAGCAAGUCUAUCUCUUACGUGGAAUGUAUGAUCCAGAUCUACUUCUUCAUCACUUUCAUCAACAUGGAUGGGUUCCUCCUGAGUGUGAUGGCCUAUGACCGUUACACUGCCAUCUGUUGCCCACUCCACUACACCAUGAUCAUGAGGCCCAAACUCUGUGUCCUUCUGGUGGCUGCAUCUUGGGUCAUCACAAACCUGCAUGCUCUCCUACACACUCUUCUCAUGGUCCAACUCAUGUUUUGUUCCAACAAUGCUGUUCACCAUUUCUUCUGUGACCCUUACCCCAUUCUCAAGCUCUCUUGUUCUAAUACCUUUAUCAAUGACCUAAUGGUAUUCACUGUGGGUGGACUGGUAUUUCUGACACCAUUUACAUGUAUCAUGAUUUCAUAUGUUUACAUCUCUAAUGUACUGAAGUUACCCUCUCCCCAUGGAAUAAGAAAAGCCCUGUCCACAUGUGGAUCCCACCUCACUGUGGUCUCCCUCUUCUACGGGGCAAUUCUGGGAGUCUAUAUGCACCCUUCAUCCUCCUACUCAGUCCAGGACAUGGUGGCCACUGUCAUCUUCACAGUGGUGACUCCUCUGGUGAAUCCCUUCAUCUAUAGCCUAAGAAAUUGUGACAUGAAGAGAGCCCUAAGGAAAUUAAUUCUCAGAUUCUAG